AUGGGCUCCAUCACAUUUUGCAGCCUUCUUUGCUUUAUUGGUGUAGUGACAGCCAAUAUAUUUGAGUAUCAGACAGAGUCCCAGCCUUUACGACCAUGUGAACUUCAGAGGGAAAAGGCUUUUUCAGAAGGAGAAACUUAUGUUCCUCAGUGUUCAGAAGAUGGCCAGUUCAGAACGGUUCAGUGCAGUAGGAAUGGUCUUUCCUGUUGGUGUGUGGAUGAGAAUGGCAUUGAGGUACCUGGCAGCAAACAGAAUGGAUAUCCUGUAUCUUGCCUAUCCUUUUGCCAGCUGCAAAAGCAGAAGAUCUUGGUGAGUCGCUACAUCAACAGCAGUAGCAUCUCCUAUGUCCCUCAGUGCUUGGAUUCAGGAAUGUUUGAUGUGGUGCAGUGUGAUGUGGAGCUGGGUCAGUGCUGGUGCGUAGACCCAGAAGGAAUGGAGAUUUAUGGCACCAGGCAGAGAGGAAAGCCAACACAGUGUCCAGGAAACUGCGAGAUCCGAGACCGGCGCAUUCUUCAUGGGGUUGGGGAGAAGAGCCCACCACAGUGUUCACCGGACGGAGAAUUUAACCCUGUCCAGUGCAAGUUUGUCAAUACUACAGACAUGAUGUUUUUUGAUCUUGUUCAUAAUUAUAACAGGAUCCCAGAGGUGUUCCAGACAUUCACUUCUUUCCGGAGAACAUUCCCAGAGGUCUCUGGGUACUGCUACUGCGCAGACAGCUUGGGGAGAGAGUUAGCAGACACUGGCUUGGAACUCCUGCUUGAUGAAGUUUAUGAUACGAUUUUCUCUGCACUGGAGCCUGCCCGUAUAUUCACCGAGACGAGCAUAUAUCGGAUCCUGCGGAGGCGGUUCUUGGGAAUUCAGCUGGCUACCUCUGGCAAGUUCAGAUGCCCCUCAAAAUGUGAGGUUGAAAGGUAUGCAGCUCUUCGUUACCAGCACGCCUACAUGCCAUCGUGUGAUGCAGAUGGAGGCUACACAGCAGUGCAGUGUCAUCAGGGUGGACAGUGCUGGUGUGUCGACCCCAAAGGACAAGAGAUCCAGGGCACAAAGAGACAGGGACAGCCGCCAGCCUGUGGUGAAAGUCAAGCAUGCAUCUCUGAAAGACGACAGGCCUUGUCCAGAAUCUUCUAUGGUCCUGCUGGAUAUUUUAGUCAACACAGUUUAUUUUCCACACCAGAUGUGCAGUCAGAGAAAGUAGGUGUCUUCUCAAGCUCCUGCCCUCCUUCCUUCAGGGAGCUGUUUCUGGACUCUGGGUUGUCAUCCCCAAUCUCACAAAGUCAGUAUGCCAGCCAGAUUCUCCAGCUGGAAUCUACCCUCAGUGAAGCUGUCAUGGGGAUAUUUCAGUCAAGGGAACAGGCUCAGAUGGCACUGCAAUUUGUUGUUAAUCCAAAGCGUUUCCAAGAAAACCUGUUUGGAGGAAGGUUCUUGAAGAAUUUGAUCCAGUUUAACUUCACUGGGACACUUGGCCUUAGUGGGAAGUACAGCAUUGGCCAAUUUUUCCUACGGGAAGAGGGGGAUAAUGGACAGGGCCUUCUGGAAUUACCUGAAGCAUUUCCAUUGGAAGUAUCAAACAGCUCCAUUUUGAGUCAACCUCUUAUGAGCAGCUUUGGCCGUACGAUAACAUUACAGGACAAUCAGAACAGGAUGAAGUUCCUUGCCUCUGUCCUGGAACUACCAGAAUUCUUUACCUUUCUUCAACAAGUAAUUUCUGUCCCCAAAAGCAUUGCUGAAGAUUUAGGUGAAGUAGUGAAAUUAGCAUUGGGAUCUAAGGACUGUGGUGAGGAGACAAGGGAUUUGUUUGUUCCAACAUGCACCAAGGAGGGGAGGUAUGAAGAAAUCCAGUGCUAUGCAGGAGAGUGCUGGUGUUUGGAUGCUCAAGGUAAGGAAACUCCAGGCUCAAGAGUUCAAGGAAAACGGCCAAGAUGCCCCACUGAUUGUGAAAAGCAAAGAAAAAAACUGAAAAUCUUGAAACAAAGCCAGCCUGCAGGAUCAGAUCUGUUUAUUCCCUCUUGUACCAAAGAUGGAGACUUUUUACCACUCCAGUGUUAUGGAACAAAUUGCUUUUGUGUUGAUUUGGAAGGCAAGACUAUUCCAAGAAUAAGAGGAGAAGCUGGAGAGCCAAUGCAAUGCCCAAGUGCUUGCCAAGUAACAGCUGGUCAGGAAUUCCUAAAGACUGUGAAACUCCUGUUGUCGGACCCAAGUGCUCUGCCUCUGCUCUCCAGCGUUUACAUCCCCCAGUGUGACGUUGAUGGUGCCUGGAGGCAGGUACAGUGCAGUGGCCCUCCUGAGCAAACCUUUGAGUGGUACCAAAGGUGGAUUGAUGAGACUAAUGGAGGUGAAACUCAGCCAGUUGCUAGCGUAUUAAACGUAAUAACUGGAUAUAAGGAGGCCUCUUCCAAAGGAUUUUCAGCUUUUAUUAAAGCUUUAUAUGAUGCUAAGCACCAGAAUAUCUUCCCAGUAUUCACCAAGUAUUCAUCCUUUGCUGAUCUGCCACCUGAAGUGCUGGAGGGCAAUCUGACAGAUGCGUCUGAGAACAUCUUACUGGACCCAUAUAUAUUCUGGCAACUUCUGAAUGGACAGUUGACCUAUUACCCGGGAGCUUACACUGAUUUCAGUGCUCCGUUAAGUCACUUUGAACUUCGGGAUUGUUGGUGUGUUGAUAGCAAAGGAGAAGAGCUGCAAGGAACUAAAGCAAAAGUGAACCAGGUGCCAGCAUGCCCUGGUGUAUGUGAAAGUGUUAAGCAGGAAGCCAUGAAAUUUGUGGAGGAGGCAGAGCAACUCAUCCUGGCAUCCAAUAGUUCCCACUUCCCUUUUGGGGAGAGCUUUUUAAUGGCAAAGGGAAUACAACUCUCAAACAGUGACCUCUUACGUCCUGCUCAGCCCUACGAGUCAGAGAUCCGGCUCUCUGAAAUGCUGCGGUCGGGCAGUGAUUAUGCUUUGCAACUGGCUGCUCAGUCGGUCUUGCAUUUUUAUUGGCUGAAUCACUUUACUUUAAAAAAUUCUGCUGGGGAAGCAACCCAGCGGGGAUUUCAUCCUUACACCCCACAGUGUGAUGGCCUGGGAAACUGGGAACCAACUCAGUGCUACGAGAGCACAGGUCAUUGCUGGUGUGUGGAUGAAAGAGGACGCUAUGUCACAGAUUCCUUGGUCUCACGCUCAGCAGAACUCCCCAAAUGCCAGACGUCAUGUCAGCGAUCUCAAGCCAAUGCCUUAAUUUCCAGUUGGAGACGGAGUGGUUCAAAGCAAAACUCUACUGCAGCAGAUCUGUUUGUCCCCUACUGCCUUGAGACAGGAGAAUAUGCCGUGCUUCAGAGAUCCUAUGCAGAUGUAUGGUGUGUAGAUCCUGUGUCAGGAGAAGUAUUUCAGCGUGGCACCAAGGAUUCAGACGGCAGCCCUGAGUGUCCUAGUUUCUGUACCAUGCUGAAAUCCAAAACUAGUUUACGAGAAACUGGCAAGGGCUACAUCCCACAGUGUGAAGAAGACACUGGGAUCUUCUUGCCCACACAGUGCAGCCAAGAUGAAGAAAGCUGCUGGUGUGUCUUUGGUAAUGGAGAAGAGGUGCCAGGGACACGAGUUAGUGGAGGACGACCUGAAUGCGCAAGUCCUCGAUGUGCUUUGCCAUUUGGUGUCUCCUCUGUUCUCAAUGGAGCUGUGUUUUGUGAGGAUGUUUCUGGGGAAACUUCUAGCAUUCAGCAGUGUCAGCUGGUGUGUCGCCAGGGCUUCCACAGUGCCCAUUUGAGGACGUCGUUUCAAUGUGACAUGCAGCAGCGGCAGUGGGUCUCCACCGCCCCGCUCCCACAGGCCUGCCAGAAGCUCCAGUUAUUUCAGACAGUCCAAGCUCAAACACACUUUCAACUCCUACUACCUCCUCAGAAGAUUUGUAGUUCUGACUACUCGGGAUUACUCCAGGCCUUCCAGAUUUUUAUUUUAGAUGAGAUGAAGGCUCGUGGUUUCUGUCAUCUCCAGGUAAAUGCAUUUGGAAACACCGGGUCAGUUUCUGUCUGUGAUGACUCCACGGUGUCCGUGGAAUGCCUGAGCACGGACCGCCUGGGAGUGAAUGUCACCUGGAGGACUCAGCUGGGAGACAUCCCUGCUGCUUCACUCCCUGACUUGCAUGAUAUUGAGAAUGCAUUUGUUGGAGAAAAUCUCAUUGGAGCAUUCAAAAAACAGAUUGAGGACGGUGGUUUUCUGCUACAUUUGGACUCCAAGCAAUUCAUAGCUGAUUCUUUCAUUGAUUUUCCCCGGGAUGAAGAGUUUGAUCUGUCUCCAAGAGUUCAGCUAGGAUGCAGAAGUGGAUUUCGAAGAACUUCAUCUCCUGGAAGAACGGUUCCAAAUGCACAAGGGUGUGUUGUUUGUCCUCCAGGCAGUCACUUCAAGAAUGAGGAAUGUGUUCCCUGUCCUCUUGGCUACUACCAGUACCAGGCAGGAAGUUCCUCUUGCAUGAGGUGUCCUGUGGGCAAAACUACCAGCUCCUAUGGGGCUUUCAGCGAUGAUCACUGUGUCACUGACUGUCAGAACAAUGAGCAGGGUUUGCAGUGUGAUCAAGAUGGACAGUAUAGACCUUCCCAGCAAGACCCUGACACUAAGAAGUGGUUCUGCAUUGACAGCUUUGGGAUAGCCCUGAGCUGGACUGAAUCAGAUGAUGUGCUUACAGAUCAACAGUGCCUAGUACUCAGAAAAUUUGACAGGGUCCCUGCCUCCAAAGUGAUUUAUGGAUCAGAAGAUGCUGAAAUUCUUCAGUCUCAGUCAUUUAGAGGAGACCUGCAAAGUCCAGCUUUGCAGUGCAUUUCAGAUUGUGAGAAGGAAGAAGCAUGUGGCUUUGCAACUGUAACUUCUGCUGGUACUCAAAUUUUGUGUGAAUUAUACAGUGCUGCUGAAGUCAACUUCAACUGUACUGCAUCUGAAUUGGUACAAGGUGCCUUGGGGAACUCUGCUGCCACUAGUGUUGGCCGUCUCAGCUGUCUGCUUAACAUCCAAAACCAAGAGGUGGAUGCAGUGACGAUCUAUUUGAAGAAAGGACAAGAAUUUAACUCAUCUGGGCUCAAGACGUUUGAAAGGACUAAUUUUCAGAACGUGCUUUCUGGCGUGUAUCGCUCCCUGGUUCUGUCCACAGCGGGCACGUCGCUGACUGACGCACAGCUCUUCUGUCGGCAGACGUGCGGCAGGGACUCUUGCUGUGAUGGCUUCAUCUUGAGUCAGAUUGAGCUUGAUGGAGGUACCAUUUUGUGCAGUCUGAUGAGCUACCCUGAUGUACUGCUCUGCAAUGCAGAUGACUGGAGUCCAGCAGCAAAGUCUGUCAGAGAUGGGAUAUGUAAAGGCGUGAGCUAUGACGAAAAAGAGAGGGUGUUUUCCUUCACCCUGGGAGGACAAAUAUUCAGUGGAACCUUUAAUUUGGCAGAAGAGAGAGAAAGAAAUUUGACCACUUUUCAAUAUGUUUAUCUGUGGAAAGGCUCGGAUAUGCUCACCAGGAUUAAAACUUCUGCAUGUGAUGCUGCUGCUUUUGAGAUGGAGAAUGACCUAAUAUUACCAGAUUCCACAAAAGAUCUUUUCUACCUAAUGGACAACACCCAGAUUCGAAGUGACCAAAACUCUUCUCUCCCUUACCAGCAGUAUUGGGUCUUCAGGCAGAAAUAUUCAGUGGAGAAGGCUAUGCUUUGGUGUCUCACACGUUGUGUGCAAGAAGAGUUUUGUCAAAUAGCAGAUCUUCAAAAUGCCACAGACACAUACUUUGUGUGUACCCUCUACCCAGAGGCUCAGAUUUGUGAUGGUAACAUUGAUCAAAUACCUAAAAACUGUCUCACCAUACUACCCUGGCAACCACAAAUGGCGUAUCGUAAAAUAGUCACUCUAAAAAGUUCUGUGAAGAGUUUCUACACACGCGUACCAUUCCAGAAAGUAACAGGGAUCUCAGUGAGGAAUGAGACUGACAUGAGCGGCAAAGCUGUUUCUGAUGGCUUUUUUGAGUGUGAGCGUUGGUGUGAUGCUGACCCUUGUUGCACAGGGUUUGGGUUUUUUAAUGACACCCAGCUGUCAGGGGGCAGGGUUGUGUGUGUGACCCUGAACAGCCUAGGAAUCCAGACGUGCGCCGAGGCCACAAGAAGCGCUUGGCAAGUCUCGGACUGUGCUGGGCCAGAUGCAGCAGUGCGAAUCCAUCCAUUUGGCUGGUACCAAAAACCUGCUGACUUGAAGAAUACUGUGAUUGAUCUCUGUCCACCUGUUACUUUGCCUUUCAGGCUGGAAAGUGAGUAUUUGGAUAUAUGGCAACCCUUAGAUGUGUCCUCUGUACUCCUGGAUUCAUCCAUCUCAAACUUUGAAGCUGUGCAAGUUAGUAGGGAUUUAUCCAAUGGCUUUUCCACUGCUAGAGACUUCUGUCUAUCUGCUUGUUCAAAGAACCAGUCAUGUGAAGUGGUUACCUUGGAAAUUCAGCCAUCAGCAAUAAGAUGCCUUUUUUACCCUGAUACACAGAUAUGCACACAUAGCCUGCAAGGCCACAGCUGUCGGAUUUUACUCAAAGAACCAGCUACAUAUGUAUACAGGAAACAAGAUUUACUCCUGCCUACUUCUGAAUCUGAUUUAACCUCAUCUGUGUACAUUCCAUCCCAUGGAGAUUUGAUAGGCAAAUCUCAGGUAAUCCACAUUGGCUCUGAGUGGAGAAAUAUCAGUCAAUUCCUUGGGAUUCCUUAUGCAGCUCCUCCACUUGCAGAGAGACGGUUUAGUCCUCCGGAGCCAUUUGCUUGGGUGGAAACCUGGAAUGCUACUGUGGCUCGGGCAGCUUGUUGGCAGCCAGGAGAUGGAGAGGCCCCAUCAUAUUCUGUUAGUGAAGACUGCUUAUACCUGAAUGUGUUUGUUCCCGUCACUACUAUCAAAAAUUUACCAGUGCUCUUGUUCUUCCACAAUGGAGGCAGUGACGAUGAUGAGACAGGAAAAGCCACCAUAGAUGGAUCAUACCUAGCUGCAAUCAGUAACAUCAUUGUUGUGAUAGCAAACUACCGGGUCGGUGUUUUUGGCUUUCUUAGUACAAACUCUCCCGAGGUGAGUGGAAAUGCAGGCCUUUUGGAUCAACUGGCAGCUCUGAAGUGGGUGCAGCAGAACAUUGCUAGUUUUGGAGGAGAUCCUGGACAGGUUUCUUUAGGAGCUGACCGCAGUGGGGCAGACAUCACAAGCGUUCACCUGCUCACUGAGACAGCAGAUACGGAUCUCUUCAAGAGGAUAUUAUUGAUGGGGGGUUCAGCUUUUUCUCCAGCAUCCAUCAUAACUGAGAAGAAAGCAAAGACCCAAGCAACAGUUCUGGCUGAGGAUUUUGGAUGCCCUUCAUCCACCAGUGAAGAAAUUAUAACCUGCCUCCGCCAGUUGCCUGCUCGUGUCCUCAAUGAUGCACAGACUAAGCUCCUUGCCAUAAGCGGACCAUUCCAGUACUGGGGUCCAGUGAUGGAUGGAAUUUACCUCCGGGAACCUUUAGCUAAAGCCCUUCAGCGUCCUCAGCUUCGGAAAGUUGACCUGCUCAUUGGAAGUGCUCAGCAGGAUGGGUUGAUCAGCAGAGCUAAGGCAAUUAAGAAAUUUGAAGAAAGUCAAGGAAGAGGCAACAGCAAAACAGCCUUUUAUCAGGCUCUGCAAAAUUCUCUAGGAGGAGAAGAAUCCAAUGUGUUCCUUGAAGAUGCAGCUACAUGGUAUUACUCCCUUGAACACUCAAAUGAUGAUUAUUCAUCCUUUUCCAGGGCUUUGGAAAAUGCCACCCGUGACCAGUUUAUCACAUGUCCCAUCAUAAACAUGGCCAGUCGCUGGGCUGCCGACUCCAGAGGAAACGUCUUCAUGUACCAUGUACCUGAUAACUUCAGCCAUUCAGCUAUGGAGCUCUUGCCAGAUGUUCAGUAUGCAUUUGGACUGCCCUUCUACCAGAAGUAUGAAGAACAAUUUACUCUGGAAGAAAAGAGCCUUUCCUUGCAAAUUAUGCAGUAUAUCUCCAAUUUUGUAAAAUCUGGAAAUCCAAAUUACCCUCAUAGUUUCUCAAGAAGAAUGUCUGGGGUGAUGCCCCUCUGGCCUAAGUUCCUGCCAAAUGAUGAUGGUGAUAACUACAAGGAGUUCACAGUUUCCUUGCCAACUCUUAAAGGACUGAAAAAAGCAGACUGUUCCUUUUGGUCUGAUUAUAUCAGAAGACUGAAAGCAUCCACAGGAAGUGCAAAUAAUGAAGAGAAAUCUGGAGAAAUCAGCACCAGUGAAGCCCCCACUGCAAGGCUUAACUCUCAGGAGACACCCAGCCAGCCUUUGGGAGACAAG